UAUAUCGAUUUAAUGUAGAAAAUACAGUAGAAAAACGCAUAUAGCGACGUGUUUAAUUUUAGUGAACAUCAGUCAUUGAAACAUUGAGUGUUAACACCUGAAACCAACCAUAUGAUGAUUUUUAUCAACACGGAAAAGAGGAGCGAGUCACUAAAAAAGUUAUUUACGAAGUAUUUACUAUCAAGAGUUUUCUCGUGGGACUCUUAAGGUUUCCUCUUUCUUCUAUUUUUGCCAAUUUUUUUUCUCAUAUCGAUACAAUCCUCAGUUUAGGCUUCCACAGCUCCCUGUUUCACUAUAAGCAAAUCAGCCAAGUCAUAAAUGUUCCCAGCACGGACAGGCGGGGUUGAUGAUGAGAACAACAUACCAGAGGGUUGCACAACUCUGGAAAACCUAUCAGUGUGGCUGGGAAGCAAUGAGACAGGCUUUCAAUUUGGAAACAUGUGUAAAACUGCACGUCUAUGGGCAUCUGAGUGUGUUCCCCUCAGGACGAAAUUCACAGGGUAUCAUCCUCGGCAGCAUCCUCUUCCCCAUACGCGUCACCUUGGCGGGCGUUUGCUUCCUCAUAAUGUGGCCCAUCGCCCGGCUGCGAUUGGCCGGCCUGUCCGAGGAGGAGCGCUCCAAACCCGUGGAAGGCUGGCGCCGCUGGUUUUACCACCCAAUCAUCUGGCUGCUGAGCAGAGCUGUGUUCUUCUCCCUGGGUUUCUACUGGGUUAAGGUCAAAGGUCGCAGGGCGAACCUGAAGGAGGCGCCGGUGCUGGUCGUGGCGCCCCACAGCGGCUUUCUGGACAUGCUGGUUUUGUGCCCGGCCCAGCUGGCGACGGUGGUGUCGAGGUCUGAGAAUACCAGCCUGCCAGUCAUAGGAGCUCUGCUGGAGUUCAACCAGUCUGUGCUGGUGAGCAGGAAGGAUCCAGAGUCGAGGAAAAAAGCUGUCGCUCAGCUCAAUGAGAGGUUGACCUCCGACGGCUACUGGCCUCAGAUGCUGAUGUUUCCCGAGGGGACCACGACUAACGGCAGCGCUCUCAUCAAAUUCAAACCCGGUGCCUUCCUCGCCGGAGUUCCUGUCCAACCUGUGCUGCUGCAUUACCCCAACAAGCUGGAUACUGUUCGCUGGACAUACAAAGGCACAGCCUGGACCGAAGCUCUGUGGCACACGGUGUCCCAGCCGUACACCAACAUGACUGUUGAGUUCCUGCCAGUUUACAACCCUUCACAGGAGGAGAAGAAGGACCCCAACCUGUACGCAGACAACGUUCAGAAACUCAUGGCCAGGGCCCUUGGAGUCCCCGCUACAGACUACGUGAUGGAGGGUGGGGUUCCUGUCAGCAAAGUCGGCGGUCUGUCCCUCCCGCUGGAGUCUCCAGCCAGAGAAACGCUGACGCUACUGCACAAAAGCGGUCUGGGAGCGGAUGAAGUACAGGCGGCUCUGGACAGGAUGAUUGACAGGUGUUGCUCAGGAGCUCAGGGCGCAAAGGUCAGCACAGAGGAGCUCGCCUCCAUCCUCGGGCUGAGCCACCAGCAGACAGCUGCCCACAUCUGCAGCCUCUACUCCAAGGAUCACUCUGUGGACCUGAGGCACAUCUAUUUUAGUGUCGCACCCCUGACUGGAUGUGUUGACCUGAAGACGCUGCUUCACUCUGCUUUCACUAUGUUUAACAGAGAGGGCGGAGGCAGCCUGAGCGAAAGGGAGCUGUCAGACCUGAUGGAGGCGCUGCUGGGUGUCCCUCAGCACAGAGUUGCCGAGCUCUACGCGGCCGCCUCCGAUCGGAGCCGGCUCACUGAAGAGAGUCUGCUGCGGGUGCUGACUGCCCACCCAACCUUUCAGAAAGUGACGAAAGAGUACCUGAGGCCUGAGGAGGCUGCAGGUACUCUGUCCAACAGGAGGUCUGUGAACAACAACGGAUCCGUUUACAACAACAGUAAGAAGUCUGAAUGAGGACCUCGCAGUGGAUUAUUUUAGGGGGGGCAGAUUGAACUGAAAUACUGGACAAAAGAUUGUAGACGUGAGGCGUGAUGUGUUCAUUGAAGUAUUUAUAACAGUGUAUAAACCAAAUGAGACGUCUGCUGUGACUAAAUGAUACUACAGUUCCUCUCUCAGGUGUGUGUGUGUGUGUGCGUGCGUGUGUGUGUGCGUGCGUGUGUGUGUGUGUGUGUGUGUGUUUUAAUUACUCUGAAUAAAUUAAUUACUCUGAAUAAAUCUUUGCUUCAGAUGCUGUUAAAGUUGUUUGAAUGCCUGGAACAUGUUAUUUAUAAAGUUUCUUUGAAUGUUUGCCGACGUGUUUUUUAGGAAUCCAAAGGUUUAUUUUUUUCUACAUGAAUAUGUGUAUUUUUGUUUACACGUGACAAAUAAAGUGUCAAGUAAAUGA